UACUGAUGAAGCUGUCACAUGCAUCCUACGUUUCCUUUGCACAACCGCCCCCCCCCCCAAUUUAACAUCGAGCAAAUAAGAGUGAUUUCGUUGCAAGACAAAGUUUUUCUUUCAGUAGAAAAGGGAAUCACAUGCAACAUUUUCCCUACCGCCUACAGACUAAAACCGUGCCGACUCCAGUAACACUGCUGCGCUGUCAUUUUAUGCUAGUCGUACAGUGCCCACUGGUGCGUGCAUCGCCAGCUCACGAACCGAUCGCACCGCAUCUGAAAUUAAAUCUGGCCAGACGCGGCGCUGGUGAGGCGAGCCUUUUUCCUACCUCUCUCAGCCUACUGAACAAGAUGAUUAAGGAAAACGGCCACCUGUUCUCUGACUCUCAGUGCAAAGUGUGUAAUGCUGUCCUAAUUUCGGAGUCGCAAAAACUGGCCCAUUAUCAGAGCAAGAAACACGCGAAUAAAGUACGGAGAUAUAUGAGCAUUCACAAGAACGAAGAGCCUUCAGUGAAGAGAUUCAAGUCUUCCUCAGAUGACAAUGCCAGUAACAACGGUGAGGUAGAUCGUAACAAAGCUUGUUCUGUCUGCAACAUGACGUUCCCGGCUCCAGUCGUGGCCGAGUCGCAUUACCAAGGCAAGGUGCACGCCAAGAAUCUGAAGCUGAAGAUGCAUGGAUUCCAGUCUCCAGCCUUGCCCCCUGGGAAAACCCAGGCUAAGAGGAAGGCGGAGGGGCAGGGCGUAGCGCCCCUGAGUCCGGCCGAGGGAGACCCCGACCGAUUCUGCGCCAUUUGCCACGCCUCCUUCAACAACCCCCUGAUGGCCAAGCAGCACUACGUGGGGAAGAAACACAAGAAGCAGCUGACAAAGAUAAAGCUUCUGGAGGCUUACGGGCCUAGCGCAGCCCCCGCGUCGACGGUGAAAGGUUACCCCUGUACAGUGUGCAACAUAGAACUGAACUCCGUGGAGCAAUAUCAAGCUCACAUCAGCGGGUCUAAACACAAAAAUCAUAUGAAGGCGAAGAAUGGAAACGGAGCCGGGGCGGCCCUGAAAGCGACUGAGCCCUACCCGGCGGACCAGGACCCUGCUCCGGAGGACUGGAAGACCUUCACCCCCGUAUACCAGUGAAGAGCGUCAGUCUUGGUCAGCCUGAGGUCCCGCUCUGUUAAACCCUGACAUACCCAGUAGCACGUCCCCUAUGGUUGAUGGUGUGCACCCCCCCCCCCCCACGCCACACACACACAACCACAUAUGCAUCAAUCCAUACUGCACACCAGAGAUCUGAAUCAUGGUGGAGACCCAUAGUAAAGUGUAAAGUAGUGGGUGCAAUAAAGCUAAUCGGUGAAUCCUCACAUGAGGUGCUGUGCAAGAUAUCAUCCCAAUUACAGAUUUAUUUCCGGGGCGUGUUUAGGAUGACUGUGCUCCUCCCUCACAUUGUUGGGGGCAUAGUGUUAUUUUAUUGUUAUUUUUUAGUUUGUUUUUUUUUUUUUUAACCUGUGUUAGCGUUUGGUUCAAAUUCUGCCUGCUUGUUUGUGGUAAUAUUUUUGCAAAACCAUUGCAGUCUCCCUGCAUUUUAAUUUUUCCCUAUUUAUAAAGUCGCUGCGUGAUUAUUAUUUUAUUUUUUUUGCUGAUCUCUCCGAAGGUGAGCUUUUCUGCGUUUCUCAGCUGCUAUAACCCAGUGGUUCUCAGUCCUGUUCCUGGCCGCACUCCCUGCCAGAAUGUUUUCAUUCCAACCCACACUGCUUUCAACCUGCCACAUUCAUUGUUAUCCUAUUAAGGACCAUAUAAGGCAGACUAAGGUAGGCUUGGAAUGAAAACGGGAACAGGAUUGAGAACCACUGCUAAAAUCUAACCACGAGAAGCGUCUUUCAAACAGAAUUGGAUUCACUUAACUCUCUCCUGUUACAUUGUCACCAUGUGUCACGUGGUGUUGUGGCCCUUUUUUGUUGAUGCAGAUGUCUAUCUAGCCCUGAGUUAUCAUCAUUAUUUAAUUAUGAUUUUAACUUCAUUAAAAAUAACUAUUUUAACUUGCCAUUUACAGGUUGGGGGCAGGAUGCUGUCUCAGUUUAUAGUAUUAUACGAUAGCCCUCAGUAGGUGUUUUAACCUGAAGAUAAGCACUAACUUAGACGAUCGUAGGGCAGAAUCAGGUGUAAUGCUUGUGUUUGUUUAGUUAGAAAAGGACUGGUCUACUUUGGUCUAAAGUGAGGGGGGAAAGUCUCAUAUUUGUUAAGGGGCCAUCUUCUUUCAGCCGUUUAUGUACCCCUAAAUUGAUGGUUUUGGGUUGUCCUGGGAGAUGUCUGUCAUACUGUAAAUCCCAGGUGUUGUUUUUGUAAAAGUGCUUGAUGAAACUUAGCUCCUGCACUGUCAGAAAAAGAGAGCACCACUUUGUACCCUUGCUAGUCACUGGGGCUGUACCCUCAAAGGUCUGUACCCGAUAGCAGUAGGUAAUUGUUCCAUUGGGGUACAUUAAUGGUGUUUGUACCUUAGGGAUCUUCCUCAGAGUCCGUUUCUGUACCUUAAGAUACAGUUACCUACAGCUAUAGGGUACAGUUGGUCUUGUGGGAGUUUUACUUACACAAAAAUGUUCUUAGGGUAGGACAAAAAAUGAUUGGUUCAGAGAGGUAACCCAUCAGACUGUAUAGCAUGCAGGACCAACCAAUCAGAUGUCUUGGUCCCACCUCUUGUUGAUUAGACCCACCUCCUGUACAAUCUGAUUGGUUCAGCGAGAUAACCAAUCAUUUUUUUUUGUGUAACAUUUUUGUGUAAGCAAAACUCCCAUGAACUGCAAUUACCAGACCCUUGAGGGUACAUCCCCAGCAAAGGUACAAGUUGGUACCCUUUCCUGACAGUGUGCCACGGUACUGUAUGUGCUUCGGCUGCCGGUUUGCAUCGCAUUCGUGCGGUACUUUGGCGCAGAUGUUAAGGCUAGGAGGAUUCCCCGUAAUGUAAUCAUAAAUGUUUUUUUUUUUUUUUUUUUUGGUUACAGUAGCUUUCCAUCUGUUGAGUGACAUAUUUAGACAAUUAAUGCAACUGAGCUUCUGGUAGAGCGAUAUUAAUGUCACCUGUCAUUUUUCAGAACAGGCUUAAUGCAUCUAUGUAAAUAAGAAGCUGAACACCGGAAAAAGGCGUUCAGUUUUCAAGCCUCCGACCUAAUGUUCACGCUGUUGUGUUGUUCCUGACCCGAUUUAUUUGAAAUAUGGAAAAUAUCCGGCUAGACGAAUAUUAUAGCAAAUGUAAAUUGAAUAAACCAAAAGUUUUACGAA